AUGGGCCUCAAGCGCAAGCACUCCUCCGACGAAUCGCCGCUCUCCAUCUCCAGCUUCGGCGCCGUCUCCACACCGGAUGCGCAAUCGCCCAUGUCUUUCACCAAGGGCUAUGACAAGAUGAUGGAUACACAUGCACAUGCGACCUCGAGAUCCAAUGGCUGGGACUUCAUAAGCGCGAGUCGAGUCAAGAGCAACGAUUGGGGCAACCGCACACAGAAGCGGGUUCGCGACAACAGACCCGACGAGCAAGCGAUACACAAAAACACGCUGAACAUGCUCUUCGCCGCGCAACGUGAACAUCCAGAGGCCGCGCCCAUCCCGUCCGACGCUCUUCCAACACACCAGCCAUCAACUUUGGCCUCGUCGAAACCACAAAACAGCACCAAGCUUCGUCACAAGUGCCCCGAUGCGAAGACUGCGAUACACCAUUACAUAGCGAGCGAGAAGAUAUGGAUGUAG